CUCCAGCAGCCUCUCCACAGCUGAUUUACCUCUAAAAUAAGAAGAAAAAAAAAUCACAGGAGCCCGCGGAAUCCCCGCAGGAUUGUGCGCUUUGCUGAAAGCCUCCCAUAGGCGUGGUUUUGGAUGGAGAUGCUGCGUGCGCUCCCGCUGGGAUCUCCACCUGCCGCCCGCACGGCGCUCCUGUGCUGAGGCGGAGCCGCUGCGUCUGUCUCAGCGCCGACAUAACCGUCAGAGGAGCCACAGCGGACACCCCGCUUCAUGCGCUCGGCUGCUCGACGCGCACGUCGUGCCAGCACCGGUUCGCAAGGAGGGGAAACGGGAAGAAGAUGUCCAAAAUGUGGCUCGGCGUGCUCGUGGUGGCGUGCGUUGUACUUAUAGCGGACAGCAAGCGGAGCCGGCAGCCCCGCUGCCCGCCGUCUUGUACCUGCACGAAAGAUAACGCGCUGUGCGAGAGCGCGGGUUCGAUCCCUCGCAGCUUCCCGUCCGAUGUCAUAUCGCUAUCGUUCGUCAAGUCCGAAUUCACUGAAAUCCCCAAAGAGAGCUUCAUCCACACGCCUGCUCUGCACCUCCUCCUUUUCACAGCCAACACACUGGAAUCUAUAAACGAGGAUGCUUUCCUCGGUCUUCCUCAUCUGGAGUACUUAUUCAUUGAAAACAAUCAAAUCAAGUCCAUUUCUCCGACAGCUUUCCAUGGGCUGAAAAUGUUGGUGCACCUGAGUUUGGCCUACAAUAAUCUGGAGACUUUGCCUAAAGAUUUAUUUAAAGGUCUGGAGGCCUUGUCGAAAGUGGACUUACGGGGGAACCAGUUAGUCUGUGACUGUAAGCUGAAGUGGCUGGUGGAGUGGAUCUACAACACCAACGCUACUGUGGACCAGAUUUACUGUAAAGGCCCGGCCUCGCACCUGGACAGGAAGAUCAAUGAUCUGGUACCGCAGUCCUUUGACUGCAUCACCACAGAGUUUGCUUCUUAUCAAUCCCUGAAGUUUGAAUCUAUAUCAGUGGACUCAUUUUCUUUUGGGAACGACCAGUAUGUGGUAUUUGCACAGCCCUUCAUUGGAAAAUGUAGCUUUCUGGAGUGGGAUCAUGUGGAAAUGGUCUUCAGAAACUUUGACGACAUUGACAGUACAUCCACAGUAAUUUGCAAAGCUCUGGUCAUUGACAGCCAGCUCUUUAUAGUUGUGGCUCAGCUGUUUGGCGGCUCACACAUCUAUAGGCGUGACACCUCUACCAACAAAUUCAUCAAGAUCCAGGACAUCGACAUUCUGAAAAUUCGCAAACCCAACGAUGUUGAGACAUUCCGCAUAGAUGGAGAAUCUUUCUUCAUCAUCGCAGACAGCUCCAAGGCUGGAUCCACCACCAUCUAUAAGUGGAAUGGCAAUGGAUUCUAUUCCCACCAGUCACUCCACCCAUGGUACAGAGAUACAGAUGUGGAGUACAUGGAGAUCUCCUCCAAACCUCACCUGAUCCUGUCCAGCAGCUCCCAGAGACCAGUUAUCUACCAGUGGAACAAAGCCACCAAGCUGUUUGACCGACGAACCGACAUCCCAGAGAUGGAGGACGUCUACGCCGUCAAGCAUUUCCUGGUCAAACCUGACCUCUUCAUCUGUCUGACGCGCUUCAUUGGUGACUCCAAAGUGAUGCGUUGGGACGGGGCGCUCUUUCGAGAAAUGCAGACCAUGCCUUCUCGUGGCUCCAUGGUGUUUCAACCUUUUGCUGUGGGCAGUUGGCAAUACGCUAUCCUGGGCAGCGAUUACUCCUUCACCCAGGUGUAUCGCUGGGACGCAAAGACAGGCGAGUUUGUCCAAUUUCAGGAGCUUAACAUUCAGUCACCAAGGGCUUUCUGUCCGGUUUUCAUUGACAACCGACAGUUUGUGCUUGCUUCUAGUUUUAAAGGGAAAACACAGAUCUACGAGCACCUAGUCAUCGAUCUCAGCAACUGAACAUUUCAUCCUGUGACAGGUUGAUUGGUUAUUUCACCGGUUAAUAGCUGGAAUAACUUUUGAGCAGGAUUUAUCAACCCUAACACCAGAAUAGCAGGCAUUAUUUUUUUAAUCUUCCUUUGAAAUCAGUGCAUGAUAAAUGUUGCGGUACAUGCAUGCAUCUCAGCGGAGUACAUCUGGUUGAGAUUCACAAUGAGUUAACACAUGCAUCUCAAUUUGGGAUUAAAUCCAGUUUUCAAGGUGAUAAUGCAUGAUCCAAGGCCUCACACAGGCCAUCCCGUCCUGAUGAAUGCAAUGCUUGAAAUUUCCAGCUUCAUUAAAAUGAACAUCAACCAAUAGGAUUUAUUGUGUUCAACAAUGUUUAUAUGACUGUAAUCUCAUAUAUUGUCUACAAAAAGUAAAAUUAUAAUUUUUAACCUUGACUGAACCAAUCUGCCAAAAUAAAAUAUUUACAUUUUUGUCUUUCCACUUGUGACCUACUAAAUGAUUUGUAAAUGAAGCUUUUGUAAGUUUGAGAGGCACGAAGACAAAUUAAUGCAUUUGUUCAAGAGGUUGUUUUUAAAUUUGUAAUUUAGAAUUUCACAAAAUGUGUGAUUAUCUGUUUUUCCCAUACAACAUACAUUUUAUCAUUAAUAGUUUGUAUAAUGUUUAAAGUAUUGGGGACUUUUUCAUACAGAUAAGAUUCCAGGCACACUUGGACCUAUGUAUUUUUGCAGUUUACAGAACUGAAAUGAAACUGAAGGUGUUGCUCAUAAUUUUACCUUUGAUUAACAUGUUUGCAAAGUACAAUUAUGUAAUUAUUUGGAUUAAGUUAACUGAUUUCAUGGUAUUUCCAGUGAAUAAAGGUUUACAUCAACUCU